AUGGAUAUCAAAGAGAUGUACACAAGUUUAUCUCGAACUACAAAGCUCGAAUAUAUACAUCUUGACAACAAGAAAAAAUGUAGAUGGUAUCGUGAACGUGAGCAAGAUCAAAUGAUUAUACUAAAUUCAUACUUCAAUGCGGAUUAUCAAAACGGAAAGAUAUAUCAUGUAACAUUCGAAAAUAAUGAUGAACAUUAUGUUGGUUCAACAACAAGGACUUUAGAAGAUCGAUUAGAUGAACAUAUAUUGAAUCCCAAAAGCGCAAUAUAUGAAUAUCGAAAUGAUAAUCCGACAAUUGAGCUAAUAUGUUUGUGCCCAUGUAAAGAUAAAAAGACGCUGGAAAAAAUUGAAAACAGUUAUAUAAAUGAAUACAAGCAGGAAUAUGGAGAUGAUUUGUUGAACAUCAAAGGAGUCAAAAAAGAAAAGACGAUAAAAAAUGAAUUUAAGGUUGAGAUGGAAAAUCAAAAACAGCUUGAAGAGAGAUUAGAAAAGUUAGGAGUAAAAUUCCAGAUUAAAGAUAACACGAUAAAUGACUAUCUCUCAAUAAACACAGUAAUUGAUGGAAAAAGAAUAUAUCAUAAAAGACGAUAUAAUACAGACAAUAAACAAGAAGCAUUCGAGCAAUUAUCAAAAAUACAACAAGAAUUAGUCAAAGAGUUUUCUUUAGAUUGGGAGUAA